AGUACCAGACACGGUCACACUAGCCCCAAAGCUUAAAAAAAAACACUUGGCAAAAUUGAGAUAAUAAACAAAAUCAAAAAUAGUUGAAUUUCGAAAAAGAUGGAAUACGAAAGUGUGCUGAUCGUUAAGCCGGAGGUGUUUAUCUACAAAAUACCGCCCCGUGCGAGCAAUCGAGGCUAUAGGGCGGCAGACUGGAACCUGAAGGAGCCCACCUGGACGGGCAGGAUGCGACUGGUGGCCAAGGGCACCGCCGUCGUCCUCAAGCUGGAGGACAAGACCAGUGGCGCCCUGUUCGCCAACUGCCCCAUCGACACAUAUCCCGGCGUGGCCAUCGAGGCGGUUUCCGACAGCUCCCGGUACUUUGUCAUCCGGGUGCAGGACGACAACGGGCGGUCGGCGUUCCUCGGCCUCGGAUUCGGGGAUCGGUCCGACUCCUUCGAUCUGAAUGUGGCGCUGCAGGAUCACUUCAAGUGGGUGAAGAACCAGGAGCAGAUCGAAAAGGAGAAGACGGAGCCCAAGCAGGAGCUGGAUUUGGGAUUCAAGGAGGGCGAGACCAUCAAGAUCAACAUGAGGAUAACGAAAAAGGAUGGCUCCGAGGGAUCCUCGCGCACUGGCAAGAACAAGGGCUCCUCGGGCGUCCUGCCACCGCCGCCUGGGGGCCUCGGCAAGAUCGCUCCACCACCGGCCGCCGCCGCAGCCACGACGGUGCGGCAAAGUCCCGGCGUCUCGCCCGCCCACAGACCCGCCGCUGGAGGAUCCGAGUGGACCGACUAUGCAUCCGCCGGUGGAAACCAAGGACAACAGAACUCGGCCAAUGCCAACUGGGUGCAGUUCUAAGUAAACAUCCUCCUGUUCCUGCUGCUGCUGCGCUUCUACGCCCCCCCCAGAACCCUAUGUUUUAAGACUCUUCAGAUGUUUUUUUAUAUCCACAAUUUGCCAGCAUAUUAUUUUCGUUUUGAAUACGACCAAAAGAUUGAACAGAACAUUCAGCAAAGGCGUCACGCGUUAAAGUUAAAGUUUUUUAAUUAAAUUGAAAUUGUGUAUUAGUUUCCCCGUCCAUACUUGCCUCUCGCUCUAAUUGGUAAAGAGAAAGAGAUAGAAUGAGAGAGGGAGAGUUCUCAGUGGGCGGGGAUUUGUAGCGAACUAUUUAGCCUGGUUGUUAAUUGUAUAAAUGAAGAUAACGAUAAUUUGUAUGGGAAUUAUUCUAAAAUGUAAUUUGUUAAAGUCGAGAUAAUGCGAGUAAAGAAGCGAAUUAAGUUUAAAUCAAGUUAUACACGAACACGAACACUGCAAAAACUAAACUAAAGUGAAAUAUUCAAGUCUUGAGUACUUACACACGAACAUACACACGCACGUGAAAGGACAUUCCGCAGAUGAGAGAUAGGACGCAUUACAUACCAAUCUAAUUUAUUGUUAACUCUCCUCCAAAUUCCCCCCUGAUCAACUUGUUUCGCACCUACCUAAUAUGGAAUACGAGAAAUUACACAGAUCUAUCAUCCUGUUCCCCUUUUCGCCUUCGAUCGAAUGACGUGAGAUCGAAAUUGAUUCAACCAAGAAUAGAGAACAUAAAUCGAUAUGCCAUAGAUCGAGAUUUCUUUGCACGCCUCUUUUGCCAAUUCAAAUGUAUCGAAGGAUAAACCUAAAUCUUGGUCAUUUCGAUUCCACAAAACUCGAGAGAAUAGCAAUUCGGGAACAUGGAGCAUAUAUUUUUUUUCUGUUUUAAAGUGGCACACACAUGCAUAGCAAUUAAGUAAAUCAAAUGAAUUAUAUAUAUAAUAUACAAUAUGAAGAAAUAUCCAUAUGUAUUUAAUAAACCACAUAAUUGUAGAGAAGGAAA